AUGAGUUACAAUUAUUUAUUCAAAAUCGUUAUUGUUGGCGACCAUAACUGUGGAAAGUCAUGUAUUUUGCUACGCUUUGCUGAAAAUUCAUUUCGCCAGGAUCACAUUACUACGCUUGGUGUUGAUUUCAAACUGAAAACAGUCAAACUUGGUCGUGAUAAAAUCCGGCUAGAGUUGUGGGAUACAGCUGGAAUGGAACGGUAUAGAACAAUUUAUAACUCAUACUACCAUUCAGCACAUGGAGUAAUGUGUGUUUAUGAUUUGACAGACGAACGAUCCUUUGAUAAUUUGCGUAAUUAUUGGUUAAAGGAAAUUCGACUGCACGCGCCAUCAAAUGCUGUGCUAAUGCUAAUUGGAAACAAAGCUGAUUUAGAAGACAAAAGAAUGGUUAAUUUUGAACGCGCUGAACGCCUCGCUAACGAGCUUGGAGUCUCUCUUUAUGAAGUGAGCGCGAAGACAGGUAUUAAUUGUGAUGAUGCAUUCCAUAAUUUGGCAGCAGCAAUGCGUGACCGCCUUUUGGUAUCCAGCAUGCAUUCCGAUGCAGAAGAUAGCGACCACCUUGGUUCUGCUUUUCAUGUUGAUGGUGUUACUCUUCCCGACAAGAGCUCAUCAUUUUUGCCAUCAUGUUGUUCUUCGGUAGCACAGCCAACAUUUGUUUAA